AGGGGUUCGUGGUGUGCUGCAGCUGCCCUCAUGGCUAGGAUCCUCACUGCUUGCUUUGACCUGCCCUUCCUCGCGCCCUGCGGAAGGUGUCUGCGAAACCAAGUUCCUCUGCGAUGGCAGAAGGGCUUCCCAGCCUCCACACGUCCCUUUGGAGUUCUUACGGUGCCCAAACCCUGCAGUCAGCAAGCUCCUGGCAGUCAGCUGGCACGACCCAGAUGGCUGGGCACCAUAGCCCCUUCUCAACGUGCCCUGGAGCAGACGCCCGACUUGGAAAGCACCCAUCAGUAUAAGCUGAUUUACAGGUUUCCAUGGAUCAAGCACUGCAGAAUCCUUUCAAGGGUGAAGCUGCUGCAGACAGGCCUGACCACCUUCCUUCUCCCGCCAAUCUGGGUCCUUUAUUGGCAGAACCAAGUUCCUGCGGCACAGUGCCUUUACUGUACGGGCAUUGCUUGCUUUGCCGCUGCGAUGCUCUACGGCAUGAGCUUCUACCUCCGCCGCAUCAUCGGCAUGAUGUACCUGAGCGAAGACGGCACCCUGUUGAAAGUGGCUCACUUGACCUUCUGGGGGAGGAGGAGGGACAUCUGCUGCCCGGUCGCCACCGUGAUGACUCUGGGGGACAUCGGCGAAAACCCCAACGAGCUGUUGCUACCGCUAAGGCGGUACGACCGAGAUAAUGUCCUGUAUUUUAGUCUGCGCUAUGGGCAGGUCGUGGACAAGGAGGCAUUUGCCAAAGUGUUUGGAGGGCUUGGGUGACCUCGGGAGCAAUUGGGAACCUUGGGAUCAUUUCUUGCUAAUUCGUAAUAUUUUGCGGUCACCGUGUUGGCUUGCUUCGAGCGGUGCUGGUCGGCCGACGGCAAUGCUUCCAGUAGUGCAAAAGGAAGGGGAGAAAUUUUGGGUGAUUCUCACGCCCCACCGUAGAUGCUACUUCUCCAGAGGG